ACUCACCCCUUGCACCCUCUCUUCACGUCGCACGCCUGUUCAGCUGCCGCCCCUCACCCUCGCAUCUCUGCCGUCUCUUCACUUCGCCCUCGUCGCUCACAGGCCGCAGCUCAUCCCUCCUCGCGCUCGGCGCUCGCAGCUCCUUCCUCUUCGCGCUCGCACGUUGGCCUUAGCCGCUCCUCUCACGUCGCUGCUCCGAAGGGCGCUGAAAAGAGAUCAGAAAACAACUCUUUGCAAGCACAUCUCGUCUCAUUAAAAUGGGGGAGAAAAAUAGUGGUGGAGGAUUUGCUUUUUGUCAGAAUCACAAGACUUCCCAAGUGAAUGGCGAUGACAAUGGUCAAAAUCAGAACUUUUCUUUGGUGCCAUGUAGGAGGAAAAGAAAAUCAACUCAGAUUGAAAAGCCUUCGACCACUCUGUCCAAUUUGGGACGGGAUUUGCUGCUGCAUAUAUUCCUUCUACUUCCUGACUGCCAAUCUGCAAUCAAAUGCCUUGCUGUUUCAAAGCUCUGGAAUUUUCUCAUCUCUGAUAGUUGCUUCAUUUCCAGCUUCGUUCAACGCCAACAUUCGCUCAAUUCUGCUGCCUCCAUGCCCUAUACCUUGUUGAUUAAAUUUUUUAUUUAUCAAAAAUUUCCAGUAUUUUCUGAGAAAUCUGAGAUCCUCCAUCAACGACGACUGCCAUCGCUUUCUUCUUCUAAUUAUCUAAGUUUCCUUCCUAGUACUCCAUUUGGUGUGAGGGCGUGUUACAAUGACCUAUUGUUAGUUUCUAUGCGUGCCCGGAGUCACUACUGCAUAUGUAAUCCGCUUACCCGAAAGUUUGUUGCACUUCCAAACCCUCCUGAACCCUCUGAUGCUCUUCCAAGAAAUGCCCCUAGAUGCCCCCAGUAUAGAAGGUUCGGAUUAGCAUGGCAAAGCACAACCAACGAGCAGUGCUACAAUUACAGAGUAGUUCUUAUUGCUAUUCUCUCCAGUAGCAAUAGAUUCAUCAUAACCGUCUUUUCUUCCGAGAGUGGAAAAUGGAACAUGUAUGUUGUCUCAUCUCCCCGGCCGCUGCUUUCUAAUUUGGGAAGCUGGAAUAUGAAACAUGUUGUGUUUGCCAAUGGGAAGCUACACUGGAUAGAGGGAGUGAAACUUAUUAAAGGAAUUAUUGCAUUUGAUCCGUUCGAUCAUACUACUGGAUCAAAAUCGUGUUUUUACAUUGAUCUACCGGCUGAACUUCCACGCAUUUGUUUCUUGCAGAAGGAGAUAUGCUUUGGUGCGUGCCAGGGGCGGCUGUUGAUCUCCUAUUCAGGUCCCCGUAUGGCAAAGUGUUCAUUUACUUUGCUAGUUUGGGAACUCAGGAAUUAUGAUAACAAUGCUGAUACGUGGUAUUUGAAGCACUAUAUACGUAAUAGGAGUUAUGAUAUGAUUGGUAUACAUGAAAGUGAUGAUGAACAAUUUCGUGUGGUGGGUUUCCACCCAAGUGAUGGUGACGUUGUUUUCUUAUGCUGUAAGAAUCACGUUUAUGAGCUUAACUUAAUCACAUCUAGGAGUAGGAAAAUCGGUGACUUUCCUGUUGAGGCGAAGAAAUUUUACGUGGUUUUUCCGCUAGUGCAUCCUUUUUGGCCAACACCAGUUCCCAAGUUCCCAUCUGUUUUAAGUAUACUUUCAUAGCCAAUAUUUGCUGAACCUGUGUGUGUCUAUUUAAUAGUUGAGAUUGCAGUUCUCGAAAGCUCUACUAUGAUUGUUCUUAUUUGAGAUAAAAUUCAAUAGUUGUUCGCGCUUUUUCCCCCAAAAACACGAUUUUUU